AUGGAGCGCGGCCCGAGCUACGCCGAGUACGAGGACGGCACCCCGCUGAACGCGCCCGUGGGCACGCAGUCGUCCAGCUCCGAGAGCCCCGCCAAGCGUGUGGACAUGCCCACGACCACGGGCCGCAUCAUGGACCGCAAGGACGCGCUCUUCCAGCGCUCCAAGGGCCAGUGGAACAUCCGCCGCCAAAAGGUGCCCCACUACUGGAAGCUCUACAUGCAGGACCCGUUCCACUCGGUCGUCAACAUGCGACUCAGCAAAGUGCUGGGCUCGCUCGUUUUUUCCUAUCUUGUGGUGAUCACCGUGUUCGGCGCGCUGUACACGACGCCGCCCGAGGAGUGCAAGCUGGCCAUCAACUCGUUCUUCGACGGCUUCUCCUUCUCCGUGUCCGUGCUGUUUACUAUCGGUUUCGGCACCAACGGCGGAGACGUGUUCUUCGGCGACUGUGUCUGGGUGCAGACCAUCAUCACGCUCGAGUCUCUGUUCGGCAUCUUGCUGGACGCGCUGGCCAUCGGCAUCAUCUUCCAGCGCUUCUCGCGCGCGCAGGCGCGUGCCAACACCAUCGUGAUGAGCACCCACGCCUGCGUGCGCCGCAUCCGCGGCAACCUGUACUUCAUGUUCCAGGUGUGCGAGAUGCGCAAGCACCAGCUCGUCGAAGCCCACGUGCGCAUGUACGCGAUUCGCCACGACGUCGAGUUCGGCGAGCACUACUACUUCCAGUCGUACCCGAUGCGCAUCCAGCACCCGGACGACGACCUUGGCGGUAUGCUGCUGCUGGCGCUGCCCUCGGUUGUCGUGCACCGCAUGGACGCCUGGAGUCCGCUGCUGCGCCCAAAGAGCGCCGAGACCUGCGGCUUGCACCACAACCCUGCGCGCGGCUACUUGUUCCCGGAGCCGCUGUGCCGUGAGGCCGAUGCCCAGAGUGGAGACCGCGAUGGGUCCGUGCAGGUCAACCAGGCUACCAACCACGUGCACAACACGUGCCGCUGCAUGACUGGGAACGCUGCUAUGGGUGACGUGCACGCUGCCACGCAGCCGCCGACGAUCGAGGAGAUCAAGCAGUACUGGGCCGAGUCGCAGUUGGAGGUGGUGGUGCUUGUGGAAGGUAUCGACGCGGUCACGUCGGCUACGAUCCAAGUGCGGCACUCAUACAAGGCGGAGGACAUUUUGUUCAACCACCGCCACGUGAACUGCGUGGACGUGGACCCGGAGACUGGCGGUGCGGUGAUCGACUUCCGUCGCUUCCACGAGACCAAGCCUGUUGACCCGGAGUGCAACAAGGUGGCUGGCAGUUUCUACUAA